AUGUUUCAGAAAUUCCUUUCAGACAUCCUGAACAAAGUGCUGGGUAACUUUAUUUACGGAAUAAAUGACGAGCAAUUCGGGAUAAGCGACCUCCUGAGCGGAAAACUGGAGCUAACAAAUAUCCACCUGAAGCAGUCUAUUGUUGAUCUGAUUGAUAUUCCAUGUAGACUAAACUUUGGGUGCAUUGGGUACUUCAAAAUUAAUUUACCCAUUUUUUAUUUCAUGAAGAACCCCAUCAAUGUGUACAUAGAAGAUGUGAUCCUAGUGUUGUCAACCAUCCCACCAAAAUAUUUCGACGACAAAUUGUACAAGGAGAAAUAUAUAGAAAAUAAAAAAAACUCAUUACUAUCAUCAGAGUACAGAGCAAUUGUAUGUUCCAUAGAAGGGGGGGUUAUCUGGCAAAUGCUACUCUCCGCAAUAAAUAAUAUAAACAUUUCAGUCAAGAAUGUACACAUACGGAUAGAAGACUUCACGAGCAACCCUUCUACCUGUUUUUCCUUUGGAAUCAGCGUCGAAGAAUUGUUCCUAAGUUUACCAAAAGAUGGACUGCCCUUUAAGAGGGAUGGUUAUUACACCAAAAAAAAUGAACUAGUUAAUAACACCAUGAUAAAUAUGAUAACGAUUAAAAAGUUGGGAUUCUAUAUGGAUUAUUUGGAUAUGAAAAAAAUUAUGAACAAAAAGUAUCAUGCAGAGUGGGAUAAUCUAUACAUGAACGAUUUUAGCUCCUUCGAUGUUGGUUCCCAUCAGGGGAAAAAACAUACUAUGACACGGGGAAAAAGAAAAAAAAGGAAAAAAAAGGGCGACAGAAAGGGGGGAAAACAUUCAAAUAAUGCUGCACACAAACGGCGAAAUAAAGGGGCACACCUGAACAAAGUAAAAAAUAUUAAAUCGAAUGAGGAAAAUUUGAAGGAUUUCCAAAAUAUUAUUAAAAAUGUUAAGAAUAGCUUCUCAGAAACGAGGAGAAAUGAGGUGGAUGUAAAAAGUAUGAGCAAAUUUAAUCAAAAAAUUCACCAAAUUAAUGAACAAAUAUUACAAAACGAUCGGAAUGAUCACACAAAAUCGACUCGUGAUCAUCCCAUUAUUGAGGGAAGCCUGACAGACACGAAUGCUAAUCACGCUAGCAACUGCUUGGGGAAGAAGGAUGGGAAGUGCUCCCUAUCUAUUAGCAACUUUUACAACUUUAACCUUUUCUCCAAAAAGGAGGAAAAAAUACUUCCAGUUAUGCACAACCUAGGCAUCGACAAUGACGUCAGCUGGGUUGCCUGCAUUACCAAAUUUGCAGAGUCUCUAGAAAAUCCCGUCCUUAAGGGAAAGAAAAAUGAAAUGAUCAAGCGUAAAAGGAAAAGGAACGCAAACGUGAACAGGAAAUGUGAUGACUUUUCACUACAUGGAGAAGAGAGGAAGAAUCACCAAAUGAAUAUCCACUCCCCAGUUAAGCAAUCAUCGAAUGAUGCCAAGGAGGAAGGUCCAAAUUAUCUCAACAAAGCGGUGUCCUUUUUCUCUAUAAACUCGUUUACCAACGUUAUUAAUAAAACUUUGAUAAAUCGGACUAGCAACAAAGACAGUGAUGAAGUGGUGAGCCCCACCAAGGAGCUCAUCCUCAGCGAUGGAUACUUCACCACCAAGGAGAAUGUCUCCGAACAAGAGUCCAUCAGUAGAAAUGGCCAUCUUGGUAAGGACUCCGCACAGCGUGGUAACAUCCCUUUCGGAGAAGUGAAGAAGCAGAAGAGGUACGUACGUGUACAAAAUAGGAGAACCGAUUGUGGAGAGAACAAGUAUCACGAUGUGGUAAACGAUUGUAAGCAAAAUUCAGACGGGGGAGGAAGCUCCCCUUUGUUUGUAAAUCGCGAUAAUACAGUUUGUCUCAACUUUGCGAGUGACCCGGAAAAGAGACUCAACAGGGGCAGACGCGGUGGUAUGAAGAGACUGGGAGACGCACACCGUAACAGCCAACCGUACGUCGCAACCGAGUCGGAAUCACAAUUCGAUAAAGAAGAAAAAUUCACAAAGUAUGUAAAAAAAAAUGAAAUAAAAGAAAAAAUACGCACCAGAAAAAGAAAAAAAAUACACUCAGUCUAUCUAAUGUACGAAAAAACCUACAAAAUAAGCAAAGAAAAAUUGAACACAUUUUAUCUCUUUUUACAACUUAUAAAAAAUAUAAAGCAUGAAUAUGUAAUAAAUCCGAAUUGCUUUGAAGGGUAUGGUGAAAUUUAUCUCAGUUUGAUUCCGACUGACCAUGGACGGCUUCCCUUUGCUCGAUGCUUCUCAAGCUGGGGCAUACAAAGAAGAAGCGAAAAAGAGUUUGAAGAAUGUCUACCUAAAUUAAGUGUCUUCAUCACCUUGAAGAAUAUAAAAAUAAUUUUUUCUGACAAACAAAUAUUAAAUUUUGUCAAAUGGAUAAAUUUAAAUUUUGUUACAUACUCUGUUUGGAAGGCAGGAAUCCUCUCCCAGUUUGAGAAAGUCAAGGCGGACAAUGAAGACGAAAUUGCCUACAUAAACAAAUGGGUUCUAAAGCUCCUAGACACCCACACAUCCAAGGAGGAGAAGCUAGAUGCAGAGAAAUUCUGUGAGCAGUUCGAAAAUAAUCAUUCCAUAAAUAUAAUUAACUUACUGCGGAGUAAGGCCUUCUGCAAGCUGCAGGAGUUCAGGAAGGAGAUGGAGUUGCGGGGAGGCGCCACGGGGGAGGAUCCAAAGAAUAUUCCUAACAGGGGCGACAACGUGGGGGAAGCACACAUCCGCGCUAGCAUCGAUGAAACGCAGAAUGGCGCUGUAAUAGAUAAGGCUUCCCCGGAGGAAGGCCAAGCAGCCAGCAGCGCAGAUGGAAAUGAUAACCAACUGAAGCAAGUGGCCAACGAAAGUAUACACGUGCUGAAACUUUUAAUGAAAAAUCAAAAGGUGUAUAAUAAAAUUAAAAACUCCUUCCGGGAAAAAAUAUUCACCAUAGACAUUUGUGUAGACAUCUGCAUCAUUAACAGUACCUGCUUGGUCACGGUCGAAACGUGCAACCGAGUAAACACGAGGACGGUGAACUUCGUCAAAACGUACGCCCUCCUCAUGCAGUGCAUUCAUUACCAUAACCAAAUAUCAAAUACACACGAAUUGAAGAACUCCAUAGAUUUAGAGCUUUACCCCCUAACAUUACUUCUGGUAGUUAAAAAUUUAGACAAUAAGUACAUCAAGCCGGAUAUAAACGUAUUGUACAUACUGACCAAUGCAGGUAAGAGAAACAACUACGAAAGUUAUCACAAAAAAUUUUUGUUCAAUGUGGAUAAUUUCGAGUUUUUAAAAAAGUAUAACAUACUAAAGAGGGAUAAUAAACGUAAGGAUGAUUAUACGAAAUCGAGAAAUCCAAGUGAGACUUUGAACUUUGGGAGCUUAAGACAGAAGCUGCAAUUUUUGGUGGAAGACAAUUUUUUCUUUUUUCCAAAAAGGGAAAGUAACAUUUACUGCAAUGAGUUAAAUAAUAUCAUUUUGUCGGACCCGUCUAUUUAUCUCAGAUAUGAUAAUCAGUCCUACACCAUCCUGGAGAAGCCAGACCAUCGACUCUUUUUGCAUAACUGUGCUGAUUCUAUAUUUAAUAUCAACGGAGAGAUCGUUAACUCCUUCAUUGAUGAUUAUUUUCAUUUUUCCGACGUGAGAGAUGUUUUGUCAAAGAAGAAACAAGAAACAGUCUCAUUUAAGAAGAAGGAAUAUUUUUUACAACUAGGCGCUAGAUACUGUAACGAUAUUUUAGAUAACUACACCACUCAUACGAACUUCUUCCUAGAUGUGGAACUUGAAAAGGUACUCUCCUUUGUCAUUACGAAAUCUGGAAAAGGGUCGGAGGUGCAGGGUUAUAGCUUAAAUUUGAAUCCGCUGAAGGUCGUUAGUCAGCUAACUCAACGAAUGGCUUCAUACGACGAAUCGGCUACUAACAAAAAUGUGUAUGACUCCUUCUUCGUACAAUUUGAUGGAAUAAAGGUAAGGCGGAUUUUAAACUGGGAUCACGCAGCUAGGAAUUAUAAAACUUAUUUAGAUGAGAAUUUUAUAAGACCCUACCGCAACUUAUUUCAUUCGAAAAGUAAAGUUUACUUUGAUAGAAAGAAGGGCACUCGGGACAAAUUUUCAUUCAACCUGAACCGGGGAAAUCAUGGAGAUGGAAAUCCCCACAGGGGAAGUGCAUUCGCAUGGGGUGGAGAAGUAGGAGGAAGUAAAAGUGAGGCAAGUAGCCAAUGUCACACUUCCCAUAGCAGCAACAAUGAGAAGAGUCACCCACCUGAUCGCAGACAGCACAAUGACGAUAAUGAUAAUAACCUGUACAACUCUAUUGAUGAAAAAAAAAAAUCAGAAAUUUUUAACUUAAAAAGAAAUGAAAACCAUCUCGACAGUGAAUAUUCUUCUUUGGAAAAUUACAAACAAAGGAAUAGUAACAAAUUUUUAAGAUCCACUAGUUGCCCAGCUGCCAAAAAUGGGAAGAAUGCUUCCCUGGCUCAGGCUCGUCUGGAUGGGGAAAAGAGCAACAUAAAAGGAGCGUCAUACGAUAUUAGCAAGCUCAAAGGGACCUAUUGCAUGGACAAAAUGUACGGCUCCUUUUUUUUUAAAACAUGUGCAAAUGAAUACCAUGAGGAGGAAGAAAUUUUGGAGAAUCACACCUUCCUCGACAUGUACAAAAAAUCGUGGAACGACGACUCAUACAAUGAUAAGGACUUACCAAAUGGCUACUCGUACUUUAAGGAAGAAAAUGUAAACUACGACAAAAGUGACGAUAAAUCUUCGAAUUAUGUUUUCUCCAUGAGCGAAAAGGCGUCCUGCACCAUUCACCUGUGUCACAUAAAAUUCAACCCUACAUUCCCCAUGUUUAUCAUAAAGCUUAACGAAGAAAAUCUGUAUAUCAAUAUUUGCGAUUACGAUAUGGAGUUUUUUUUUCUCAUUUUUUCCUAUAUUUAUGGACACUACAACACGCAACAUAUGGAAAAUAAAAAAAGAAAUAUUUUUUUCUUAAAAAAAAAAAUUAAGUCCAUGUGUAAAUUGAACCAAAAAUACUACAAGGCGUAUGCCAAUGAUCACAAGGACAAACUGGUUGUGCCUUUGUUUAGAAAAUCUGGUACCGGAUCGGUUCACCUCAAGCGAAGGCACCCUAGCAGAAGGAACGGGACAAACGAAAUGGCCACAAACAGUGCUGCCGAUCGUCCUAUCCAUUUUUCUAGCACUAGUGUAAAAGUUAAAAGGAGAAGAAAAAAGCUCAAAGUAGGAAAAUCCUACCAGAGGGACGACACCCAUGCGGAGCCCCCUCAGGAGGAUACCAUCAUGGAGGGAGAAAAAAAGAAAAAAAGAAAAAAAAGUGAAAAGUGUGACAAAAGUGGAUCCCCACUUCGCAAAAAGAAGUCAACCAUAUUUAAAUUGCCACCAUAUAGGAAGGGCCGAACAGCAGACGUGUUAAGAAGCCCCAAUAAGGGACUUCCCCUAGAGGGUAAAUAUGACCGACACAGGAGGGACACGCUCGUUGGGUACUUAAGUGAUAGCCACGUGAGAACCACACAUGAGUUGUCUAUAUCAAAAUUAAGAGCCGAUUUGGCUGGAAUUUUUGGCGAAGGUGGGGAUCAUGGAGGGUUGAAAAAUCACGGUGACUAUUUUGUGACAAAAGAGCGAAUGGGACAAGGAGAUCCCCAUUUGGGAGGCAACAUUGCCGAAAAGGGAAUCUGCCAAGGGGACGCAGCGGGCACAACCAAAGGGAAAACCAGAUGGACAACCAAAUGGGAGCAAGAGGAUGAGCAAAACGGAAAACAAUUGGGAGGAUCCUUCACAAUGUUAAGUGAACAAUCAGACUCUUCCUUCUUGUGGAAUGGAAAAAGUAUGACCGACGUGAAGAAGAAUUACCGCUACAGUGGCACCUCUUCUCCUAUUGAGCAGGAAAAACCAGAGGAGGGGAAAAAAGACAAAUUAGAAAAAAUUAAAAAAAAAAAGAAAAAAAAAAAGGGAAAAAAGGGGGAAACAAACCAGAUAGAACGAAUGGACAACCAUCUCUGCAACGAUGAGGACCAUCGCACAGAAGUCUCAUCAGACGAUGAUUCCUGGGUCGACCUGCUCGAAAACUAUGACAGUGACGAAUCGCUAGAUGACAAUGAAAAAACAAAAGUGAAGGAAAUGCUAGUCGAUAUAGAGAACAUUAAAAAAAGGCUAGCUCAUAACAAUUUCAGCAUUACGUGCAGCUUUUCCAUGUCUAUCAAAAAAAUAUUUAUUCGUUUCUGGAAAAGGAAGAGCCCCCUAAAGAGACGAAACAAAUCCAACGGAUUUAGAAGUCUUAAUACAUUUCAAUUAACAGAAAAUUGCGUCAACUCGGAGAAUAAAGUAUCUUCUAUAUUGGGUAGGGGUAAAAACAAGGCCAAACUAUCCAGUGCCCAGAAUGAGGACGAGCACAUAGCGGUCGAAGGGGAAACGCUGCACAAUUUGACCAGCACGUUAAGAGAACACGAAAUGAAUGCCUUCCACAGGAAAGACAAAAGCAAUGUCACCAUGGAGGAAAGCAAAGAUGAUUUAUUUUGUAACAAAAACUUCAUUGCGCUUAACGAAAAUAUGCAGAAGAAUAUGUUCAAUAGUAUGCAGUAUGCCAUUCCGCUGUGUACCUUUAUUUUUUCUGAUAUAUUUUUUGUUGCAAAGGUGGAAAAAAAUAACUUCACAUACAUUUUAUACUCCAUGAAUGGAGUCGAUGUGAGGGAUGAAACCAACAUUACGCUGCUCAGCAUGAGCUCCAUUUAUCAUAGCGAUUUGAAGUUUGUCAACCGCAGUGGCUUCGGCACCGAUAAGGCGGAGGGCAUCUGCGGGGUGAAGUCUCGCAGUUGGGGGGGGAGCAAAAGUGGGGAGAAGCAGAAGAACGAGGAGAAGCAGAAGAACGCGGAGAAGCAGAAGAAUGCGGAGAAGCAGAAGAACGCGGAGAAGCUCCCAAAUCGGGAUAAUUUCCCUCGCUCGGAAAAAUCACGCAAACUGGAGAAAGUGGACCGAGCGAAAGAGAAAGGGACAACUGAGGAUCCCCUCAACAGUAACGACAUGAUCGAAACGGAAGACACCUUUUUGGACUACUCCAUAAGCAACAUCGAGUUGCCAGACCUCGAAAAGACACACCUGGUGUUGCUAUACUUUGGAUACCUAUUCAAAAAUAACCACACGUUCAAAUUCAUAUUAAACAGAACGAAGGUGAAAAUAUUUUGGGAAAUUGUUGAUGAAUUCCUAACGUGGAUUUUAAGCAUUAAUGAGUUACUACCACAAAUGAACACAAUUGAGGAGGACAUUAACCGAAAGCUGGACGACAGUGAAGAUAUGCAUUUAAAUUAUUUGCAAAAAGUUCAACACAUAAACUAUGAUAUUAUCUCCAUUAAGCAUAGCAAUACAAUCGUUUCUGGAAAGGGCACGUACAAAAUUGCUGUGGGUAGUUUGAUUAACCACUACAGUGUUAUGUUUCAGUGCAACGAAAUGGGAAGCAGGCCAAAUGGGGAGGAACAGGAAACUGUGAGUGGUGUCAACCAAGGGGAAGUGAUCUACACCGAUGAGGAGGAUGACCCGAGAGACAAAUAUUAUCUCAUAACAGAAGAUAAAUCGAUCUGUUGCAACCAGUAUAACACAAUUAUCAUUGAAAAUCAGGAAGGUAUUAAUACCACCUUGAAGGAAAUCCUAUUUCACGAAAACUAUUUUUUUAAUUACACUUUUAACAAAAUAAAUAAAAAAAAAAACGUGGAAAAAAUUUUAACUGCAGAUAGUGUAAAGAGUGAUCUUCACAAAGGGAAGCAAUCUCCCCCCAGUAGGUACCACACUAUAAUGCACGGAAGUAGCUCCAAAUGGCCUCCACCAAAUGAGCAGCUACUACUAAAGAAGAAGAAUCACACCCCUGUUUAUCACUCUCAUAAUACGAAGAGAGGAAGCAUACCUUUUAACAACUUGGACCAUCUAAACAGCUGCCAAGGUUGUCUCCAUUCAAAAAAUUUAAACUACACUGCCUACACAAAGGAAGUUUGUAAAAGCAAAGCAUACCCCUACGUCCAUGUAGACAUCGAAAUUAAUUACUUCGAAUUAUGGGUAGCUUUAGACCCUGUGAGGGUUCCGCAGAAAAGAAAAAAUUCCUACAUGUUGAGCGAGGGGGCCAAUAAGGAAUAUCCUAACGGGGGGAAAAAAAUUAAAAGGAGACAAACGAGAAAGACAAGUGUGGUCGACAAAGCGAAGGAAUGGAAAAAGAAUUCGAUUAGCAGCCGCAGGAGGAAGGAAGCUAAUCGGGGGAAAAAAAAACGGAAGGGUAGCGAUCCCAAUAGUCGUUACGAGAUGGAGGGGGGCCAAUCUCCCGUGGAAGGGGAACACCCUUAUGGAGAAUACCCAUAUGGAGAAUACCCCGAUGGGGAAUACCUCAGUGACAAACAAGAUAAUCAUCGAGAUGGGGAGACAAAAACAGGCAGGUUCAAAUUUCGCGAAAAAAUGAAGUGGUGCAAAGGCGCCAACAUCGAUAAGUCCUACGUUUUGGCCACGAAGGGGUGCCUGAAGUCUGUGAUUUUUUUUUUGCUCUAUAAGGAGAGUUUAGAAGAGGGGGGAAAGGAAAAAGAAACCGCACGGGGACACUCCGGGGAUGGCCGUAACAGAAACAGUGGCUAUGGUGCCGGUAGCGGCGGUGAUAGGAGCGAUAACGACGUUAGUGACGAUAACGGCAAUGAAAGAGAUUCCUCUUCCCGGGCGAGCUGGCUAGGAGAUACCCCCACCAAGGAGUUUCCCCAAAGCAGUCAAACGAUCAGCAACGACUCGAUCAACCCGGAAAAGAAAAAUAACCCUAAUGAUCAAAUGGAGGCACUCAAAAUCAAAGUGAUGAAUGCACUAAAUCAUUCCAAUUUGAACAAAGUACUAGACGCAAACGACUUUGUGAGAAGCAGAUUUAUGCAAUGGAUUAGCCAAGUGUCGUCAUACCUGCCAUGCAUACUAAAUAUGAAUAUAUUUCUCUCCCAAAUUACGAGUGCUAUAAGUAGACCAGUCACAAAAAGCCCCUUCCUCAGAGCCUACAUCGAUUGGAACAACGUCCCCUACAAUAACAUCCUCCUACAACCAUGCAGAGUAAACCUAAACUUUGAAAUGAAAAUACCAAGCACAGAAAUAUUGAUAGAAAGGUGUUUAGGAAUAAAUAAAAUAACGAGUAUAAAAAUUGCACAGAGGGAUAACCUACUGAUUCAAAAUGAAGUGGAAGGGAUAGACGUUAACUGUUCCUUCGAACCCAUCAUUCUGAAUGUGGAUUCUAACGCGUUAACCCUACUCAACCAGCUAUGCAACAUAAUAUUUGACUUUUCGACCUACUUCUUAGAUUUAUACUCUUCAAAGGAAAAUGAGGAGGAUUUUCUACUAAGAGUUACAUCCACAAGUGAUAAUUUUUAUGACCAGGCAAGUGAACUAAUGCUCAGUGAUAGCUUUUAUUUCAAUGUUAUGGAUACUUCUACAAGUGCCAUGUCGAGUGAAUAUUCGCUAAGUGACUCGGAGUCACCACUUUCGAACCGGCACCAUUUGGAAGAAGAAAUCCGGUCCUUCAAGAAAGACGAACUGAGUAGACUAUUCGUCAGUUUUUGCUUAACUCCUGAAGGUAAGACUCAUUCGAGUCCAUUCCGUGGAGUGAAAUCCGCUGAAGGGGACAACCUCGAAGGGGUAAAAAAUUUUCGAAUCGCAAAAAGUGUCAUAGGUAGCCAAAAUGAAAAGAAUCGAUUUGACCUAUCGAACAGUGAACAUCUCUUUAGACACAACUCGGAGAAGCACAUCGUAAAAAAAAAGGAUGAUGUGAACUUUAUGCAGAGGGACUCUCACGAAAGGGUUAAAAGUCAGAUGGAUUACCCAUUAGAUUCCAACACACUCAACAUGCUAAUGAUGAAUUUUGUAGAAAAUAUCAAAAUGAACUGUAACGUCAAUUUCGAUGUAAUCAUUUUGCAAGUAUGGGAUUCGAACACAGCCUACAAUAGGUGCUCUCUAAAUUUUGUCAUCGAGUAUUUUUCCUUCCAUUUAUAUUCCCUAAACAUUUAUGAGCAAAGUGUAGGAGGGGGAGGAGCAGACGGAGUAGGGGGAGGAGCAGACGGAGUAAGGGGAGGAGGGGAUUCCCAAUUGCUGGAUGAUCAAAGGGACCUUUCCCCCGGGAGAAGUAGAAAAGAUGGAAUAACCACUCACCGUCUGGGUGAAGGCAUGAGUUUAGAAUCGGAUAUCCCCUUGGGCAGCAGCUUGGAAGACUCUCCCUACGGUUUCAGGAAAAUUGGAAGAGAGAAGAAUGCCCAAUUGGACGGGGUAUCAUAUGGGGAGCUGUACUCACGUGAGACCUCGCACAGAGCGUGGGCCAGAAGUGGCGAAACCGGGUCAGCUUCCACGCCACUUGACUUGAAACGCCCAAAUGAAAACAAAAGAGAAAUAUACAUGUGUAGCAAAACGGCUGAGCAGAAUGAAAAUCGGAGGGGGACAAACAUGAACAGGGUAAUGGAUGACAUCGACAAUGCUAUGAGCGAACAUGGGGGGGAAACUCCCUCAGAUGGAGCCAAAGGAAACCAUUUCAAAAACGACUUGUCAGACUCGAACCGGUGCAGAGAAGAAGCGGGAACUACUCCCAGCAGGGAAGAAAACAAAGGGUGGAGGAAAAUAUGCGAUGGGAACCGUUUCGUAAAAAAUAUUGAACAGUUCAGUGUAGAAAUAAAAAAAAUAUUCCAGAAGAUAUUUUUUAAAAAAAAGGAAACCGAAAUGGAGCGACAGGAACGACUGGACGGACUGGACCGAUUGGAGGGACUUGACCGAAUGGACCGAUUUGACAGACCGAACCGAAUGGAGAGUAAUGCAAAGCACAAUUCUACGAUAUUAAAAAACGAAAAUAAAAAAUAUCAAAACGGAAAUCACAUCUUCAUAAAUAACGAAUACAUGUUUGCUGAUAUAAAAAAUUACAAAGAAAAUAAAAAGAGCAAAAAUGUGGAAUGCAAAAUAGAAUUUUUAGUUUACUGUGAAAAUUUUAACAAGAAGGAAAACUCCUACCAAACGUUUGUCGAGCCUGUGCGUGUAGAAAUUAUAGCUGUGAAAAAGGACCUAACUUCUCCAAUACAUCUGUACUACUAUUUCUCAUGGCUCAACAUUAAUCUCAAUUUUAACAUCCUCGAUAAUAUCCUCUCCCUAUGUUGCAGUGUCAUUUUUUCUAUAAUAACACAGAGAACGCGUCUCCUGCUGGGGAGGCAUAUAAACGAGAUAGACAAAAAGAGAAACAUGAAAAAAAUUUCUCCUCAGGGAGGAAAAAACGACAAAAAUGAAGAACUCUCUUCCAAAAAUGUACAUACAAAUAAUGUGAUGUACCAAACAGAAUAUGAAGAUAACAAUACGGAGAAAAAAAAUAUCAGCGAAAUGGAUGACACUCACACAUCCAUGUGUUGGCCAAAGUGCUAUGCUCUCAUGCAUGAUGAACAGUACAAGGAUGUUCCUCUACUUACAAAUGAUCAUAUCCUAUUCAGAUAUAACAAAUUUGACGUCCUGAAUAGCGUAAAUCGAUCCCUAGACACGUACAUUUUUGGAGAGUUCAUUUUGGAGAAGCUCCUGAGAAAUUAUCAAUACUCGUGCCAAUAUCCAGGGGACUAUCUAGCCAAGUAUGAAAACGAAUUUAAUGUGGAAAAGUCUGAUUCUACCUCGGAGCAGAUGCUUCACAUUAAAUUGUUUAACUACAUUAAGAGAAAGAAGAGACUCGAAAUGAAUAAUAUUUGUAAGAUUAACAAUUUGCUUGGUCAGCCUAUUGCUAUAUGCACCAUACAGGAGAAGGACGAUUUGUGCAACGAGGAGAGGGAGGGCCUCCAUUCGGACGAAAGGAGGAACUCCUUCGGAGGGAUGCAACAUUACGAUAAUAAACAGAACAUCCUCUUGUCCACCAUCGAUAGGAUAUCAAAGAAGAAAUUCAUGAAAGGUGGAAUUGGCGGAUACGCCACUUUGCCAAACUCGGGAAUGGAGAGCAGAGACAGGAAGACUCCCACCCGUUCGAAGCGCACAUCGAAUGCAAAACGAAGAAGGAGCAGUAACUACUUCCCACCUGAUGAAGAAAAGACUCUCGCGAAGGAAGAAGAAAAAAACGAUUUCUCGUCCGACCAGAUUGAUCUAAACGCGGAGCACACAGACACGUCCACGACACAUAGCAGAAAUGCACUCAAGUACCAAUGGAAAAUAUUAAGUAAUAACGAAUCGCUCGAUUUACCCACGCACGAAAAUGGAAAGGUGAAAUUUUUCCUAAUCCGAUUCAGACUACUUAAUUAUAUAUAUGAUAUCCCAUCAAGCAUACUCAACACGGCGAAUGAAAAUGAAGAUAUCAUUCGGUUGGUCAUUCCAGAGAGGAGAUUACCUCCAAAUAUAAACGCACAAGUGGAGGAAGAACUAUACAAUGAGCAACUCCUAGAAAUGGAGAAUUUAUCUCUUGACAGUAACUAUCAUACUGUAUACCCAUCCAAUUAUCCCUCGAAAAGGCAUACUAAUACAAAUAAGGAAGAGGUGUGGAAGCCUGCCAAUAUUCCACAACCACGGAAUCAUUUGUUUAUUUUUUUUCGGACAAGUAGCCGAAUCAGUCAUGAAGAAAAACAAGAGUAUGACUUCUUCCUAUCAUCCAUCGUGGCUGUUAAGAAUAACACAGAUUUUCCCCUUUAUGUUUUCAAAUCAGUACCAGGAAAUUCAAACCGAAAUGGUAUUUUUAAAGAAUAUUUUCACAAGUACAAUACAGUACCGUCCCCCCCACCAACGUACACGCUAAAAAUUGAUAAAAAAAUCGAAAAGUUUAUCCAACAUAGUGUGGAGGAAAAUAACAUCCUCAGUGAGGAAAAAAAUAAAAAAAAGACAAUUAAGAAUAAUGAUGUACGGAACAGUUGGGCACACAAAAUGAACGAUGAGAAAAGUCCCUACCAUCAAAGCACAAAUAACAAAGAAAAAACUAUUAACUAUAUUCAACAUAAAUCCUACUUGUAUGGAAGGAAAUGCAUUAAGAAUAUAUUUCCAUUGAUGAAGCUGUCGUCUGUAGAGCAUUACAUCUCGGGUGACAUCAAAUUUAGCUCCUUAGCACCUCUGAAAUAUAAGAGGAAGAAAAAAAAAAGAGGAAAAAAAAGUAAGCAAAAGCAUGAAUUACAGAAGAGAUUUAUCAAAAAAAAAAUUAAAGAAAUAUACCUCAAGAGGGUUAUUAAAAAAACGAGACAUAAAAGGAUUAGCAAAUAUAAAAAUGGUCUUCUCUCUCGUGAAAAAUUUAGGGAUUUUUCUGGGCAAGCCAAUCCGUACAGAAAUAUAAUGUCCAUAAAUGAUUCAUUUUUCAGUUUCGCAAAGAAAUCUUCCCCUCCAUACGCAUCGUCCUCUGCAUCAUCCUCCGCUUCCUCUGCCGCAUCUUCUUCUUUGACUUCACCCCCCCUGGGAAUAGCUAAAAGCAAGUCAUCCACAUCACUCAGCAUGACGGAUCUGUCCAACAUCACCUUGUCGUCUCUCUCCAAUUCGAUUUUCUCCAUGGAAAGCACGCCAAGUAACAGUUCCGCUUAUGGAAAUUCCUUAUGCGAUUAUGAUAAAGAUAAUUUUGAGGAGCAGGCACUUCUUAAUGAGUACUUUAAAAAGGAGCAAACGAAUGCGCAAGGUGGAGUGGAUCUCAUCAAAAUAGCGAGCAAUAGUAAUAAAUUAAUCCCCAUACCGUUGUAUUGGCUCGUAGCAGAAAAUGCAUUCAUAUGGCUCUCAAUACAAAAUGAAAAAAUACACAAACAGGAUUUAUAUGAUUUUUUGAAUGAUCAUCAGAAUGCAGAUUAUAUGUGCACAAAGGCAACGCUCGACAAUAUGCUAAAUUAUCACUCACCUUUCUUUGCCGACACGACGAAGGUAUUCAAACCAUCCAUAAUUAGAUUAAGAAACCACCUUCUAAAAGAAAAUAAUGCUUUAACAAAAGAGGGAAAUAAAAAUAAUCAAAAUUUAUCCAACAGUUACAAUUUAAACUACAUGAAUUUGAAGGAGGUGUACUUCACGUCCACCAUCAUCAGCGUCUACAAUCCUAAUUACGUCCUACAUAAGAAGGACGCUCAUAAUUUCUUCCAAAUAAGUAUUGAUCACGCCCUGAUGAUUAAUAAUGGACUCCCAAGAAGCAUGUGUCUGACCUAUGAGGUCUUCGAACCAAAGUCCACUAAGAGUCUGAAAAAGAGUGCUAGCACUUACACGAGUUUUCCAUCCCUGGAACGCUCCAAUACGCAGAAAACUUCUGUCGGCAGUGAUCAAUCGCUUUCUGUGGGCGGCUCCUACGUUAGAAGACCCGACGAGAGUGUCUGCGAUCGGUGUUGCCGCGGUGAGGAGUUCGCCUCGAGUGAGCAGCUCCAUUCCAGGGAGCAGCUUCAAUCCAGUGAGCACCUCCAUUCCAGGGAGCAGCUUCAAUCCAAUGAGCAGCUCCAAUCCAGUGAGGGACUCACCCCAAGUGAUGCCUACCAAACGGCCCAAACCGAUGCGCAUAGUACAAGUCAAGAGCGCUGUAACACGGAUGGCGUGCAGGAUGAAGAUGUAGCCAUUACGCCUAUUGAGGUGGAGAAUUUCACCGAGGAAUACCCACAGAACAGAGACAAUAGAAGCGAGCAGAAGAAGGAAGAUCCCAAGAGAAGCAUUCUCUUUUUUGAUAACCUAAAUGAGAAAAAAAAGAACCUGACAAGAAUUACACACAAUGGAGAAAUUACACCGAUGAAGGACAAAGAAAUUUUGCUCAAAGAAGUUAACAAUGAUAAAAAUGUGUUCAUAUAUAAAAACAAAAAAAAGGGGAACAGCCAAAAUGAGGAAAGUAACAAGGGGGAAAUGUACAUGGAAGAAACCAAUUUUAUCGUUACUAUAAAAAAAGAGGGUAAUAAAAACAUACACGAAAUUAGGAUUAAUCCAGGGCAAAGCAUAAAGCUGCCGUUCGUUCCUCACAACAUAAACAUUUCCUUUGAUGGAUACAAUUCGAGGAGUAUAUCAAUUAACUACCCUCAUAAGAAGGGUCGAGAGAAAAUCAUCCUCGAGAAGGAGGUGAAAGAAGACAUGGCAUCGUUUUUCUCGCUUGACUAUGGGGAGGAAGAGUUCCCCAAUUAUGUGGCGACUGUUGGGAGCUCUCCUGAUGGGAGCAGCGCGAGUGGCGGCCACUACUCCGAGGGUGUAGUGCAUCCCAACAACGUCGCGCAUCCUAACCACGUCGAGCAUCACAACCGCGUAACACAUGCGAACCACUCCAGCCACAGCCUAGCGGACGAAUCCUCACAGAAGGGGGAACUGUAUGCGCACGCGCGCACAGUGGCUCUGGGCGAAAUAAAGGACUACAUAAAAUAUGCAGAUCUAAACAACGUGAAGUGGAAGAAUGACCGACUUGAUCAGAAACGAGAAAAUUAUAAAUCGUCCAAAACUGAGGAAGGACAAAAACAGCUAACCAUAUGGGCCAUAUUCAACGAGUUUUACGAAACAGGUAAAAACAGAUACCAAGACAUCUCCUUGGAAAAAAUUCACCACGGAACAUAUUCAGUGUCUUGCACAUUUUUCGUCUCAGCUUGUGUAAUUAACCGAUUGAACUAUCCCAUUACAUUAAAAAGAAUAAAUAAUGACAACAUGAUAGUGAUCGAGCCAUACGUACGAAAAUUAUUGCCAUGUGAAUUUGCCAUGAGAAGGAAUCGAGUGGUGAUAUCCUAUGAAACACUCAAGGAAGUAAAAAAUUGGAUCAAUUAUCCCUUAAAGAAAUUUAUGAUUAAAAGGAAGAAAUUGAAAAGGACGAGAAAUAUAAUCAAAAAAAGGAAUCACAAAAUUGUAAGUAGUAGUCCCCUGAUGCAGAACGAACAAAUAAAAUCGGAACAGAUAGACAAUCCACAAAUGGAGGGAGAACAACAGAACAGUGGUCAUCCCAUUCAGAAUGACACUCCACAGAAGGCUGAACCAAAUGAUGUACAGAUGAUAAGUAGCAGUAGAUCGAAUCUGUUUUAUCAAAUCAAAAGAACAAAAGGGAACUGCUUCUUUUACAGAAGCAAUAUUAACAAACCUUUGGAGUCUGAAGAUUUUAGGAUCACUGAUUUAUCAAUCACCAGACUCACAUGCUCAAACAAAAAUAAAAAUAUGCCACAGUUGAAGUACAGCGUAUAUAUGUCCAUCGCACCCAUGCCGUUCUUUCGAACAACUGUUAUGGAGAUACUACCCUACAUAGUCAUAAUAAAUAACACAAAGAUGAAUAUAGUUUUCCAGGAGUAUAUUAAAAAUUACACCUAUUUUAAGUAUAACAUUUUGGAGCCAGGGGCGUAUGUGGAAUUUCACCCACAGUCUAAAAAAAAAGCCAUGUUGAAAAUUUGCGGCAUCUUUGAAAACAGCUUCAAUUACCUCAUUGAUGAUUAUUUGCAGAAGGAGUUGUACUUAGAAAAUUUGGAGAAGGAGAAUGAGAAGCUGUUGGGGGGGAUAAAGGAGGAGGAUUGCGCGAUGGGGGACAAAAGGAAGAGUCGGCGCUCCGCAGGGGGGCAUGAUUCCCAAACCAAGUGUGACUUCCCCACCGAACGCGACCCGCUCUCCAAUUGCGACUCACUCGUCGAGCGCGAUCCUGCUGUUCCACCCCUGAAUGACAUAUCGCAGAAGCUAAGCGUCCUUGUGGACAUCGAACGGGCGAACCACCACAUGUUCAAGCAGCAGUCAUCAUCCUCGAAAAGCACAUGCAGCACGAGUGCGCAAAACUCACUUGAGAAGGAAGACGCGGAGAGAGACAGUCCAAACGACACGAGACCAAAUAAUAUCAUGAAGAAAUACAAAAAAGUGGACGCGUUCAAAUUUCUCUACUGGUCGGAAGUGCUGGACCUGACCAGAGUGAGCAUGAUCUAUUUCCGACACCCAGUUGUAUCGAAUGAAAAUUUUAAAAAGGAAGAAAAGAAGCUUAAAAAACUAAAUCUUCUUUUAAAAAAGCAUGGCAAAAAUGACGUUACAUAUUUGAAUAUAUCCAAAGAGCUAUUCAAAACAAGUACCAUACCCUAUGAGUACACCUGCUGCUCAAUGGAGAUCUCCACCUACAAGGGAUGCAAAUUUGUGCGCUUCCAAGACAUCGACGUGGUGCCAUUUUAUCUCUUAAAUCUCACCAAGUACAACAUCAAGCUGAGGCAGCUAGGUAUAUAUGAGCACUCCGAAGUGUUGCGGAAAAUCCCGAAAAAGAAGAAAAAAUCCUUCGACGAAAUAUUCAAAAAUUACGCCUUUAAUUUCUCAUUUUACAAUCCCUAUAAAGACCCCAAGCUGAAGAUCAGCAUACUGUCGUCCAGCAAGAAGAGCGAACAAAAUAAAAAGGAAAAGAAGAGCAACAAAAGCGGCAAUAUAAGCGGUAACAAAAGCGGCAACGUAAGCGGUAACAAAAGCGGCAACAAUAACAGCAAGAACAACUUGAGGUAUGCGAACACGCUGAAGAUAAACCUGAAGAACGAACUGAACUACCUGAGCCUCUUGGCUGCCAACUAUUUCAAGGACAACGAAUAUGCGAAAAUUAUUAACGAUAAGAUUUUUCACUUGAAACGAUUUUCAGAACAAGUGGAAAAUUUAAAUGAUGGAAAUGUGAACAUAAUUGAUUUGGCUAACUCGACCAACGUCACUUUGUUAAAAUUGAGACAGGGAGAUGCAUUCGUUUACAUUCUUUGCUCUAGAAAAACGUACAACGGGAAGACCAUUUUCUCGUUCGAGAAUUACGACGAUCUUAUAAGCAAUGUUUUGAAUUUCAGGAAUGCACCCCUUAGCCGUAAGCACAAUUACAAGUUACUCAAGUCGUUGCAUGUCUUCAGCAACAAGAUAAAGAACGUCUACUUUUUUAGGGGGAAGAACAAGAAGCAGGUCAAGCGGAAGAAAAGCCGCAGGGCUGGGAAGGACUCCAUCGGGGGACAACACGCGCCAACUGGGGAGUACACCCCCAACGGGCAGCAUGCACAUGGCGGACCCGAGUUGAGUAGUCCCCAAAAUCGCGCACAUCCGAAAAAGAGGGAAAAAACAAACCGAUGGCACCUAAUGAACCUGUUUAGAAAAAGAAGCACCACGAGUUAUGUUGAAAAAGGACCGAGAAUAACCCACCUUAUUAGAGACCUAUAUGAGAAAAAAAUGAUCAACAGGGAGGAAAAAAAAAAAGACACAUUAAAUUUAAACAUAUUUGCGCACUUCAUUUUUAAGGGAGUAGGGUUAAGUAUCAAUAACCACAACUUAGAAGAAAUACUUUACUUCUCCAUGGAAUAUAUAUUAGUUGUCUACAAACAGAUUAAGGACAAGGAUCUGUUUCACUUAAACAUAGGAUGGCUUCAAAUAGAUAAUCACACGAAGAACACAGAUUAUAAGAAUGUGCUGCUGCCAAUUAUAGAUUUGAAGAAGAGCCACCAAGUGGACAAUUCAGCACAGGAACAGCAUGACCAGAGUGUCAUCCUACCUAGUGGAGGAAGUACCUUUGAAAGGAAGUUACACAAACAGGAUACCACCACUCUUUAUCAAUCAAAGAGGGGAAAAUCAAAAGAUACCUUUUCCCAUCACCUUAAGGAGGAAAAUGAAUUCUGCAAAACGAAUUCUGGGAAUAUAUUAAAGCCGAUGGGACUUAAAAAAAAUAAAUCUUGCGAGGAUUAUUCCUAUUUCGAGAAAGAUAAUCUGCUAAUCAGUCCAAACACGAAUAACCCCUUGUCUAAUUCUUACAAAAUGUUCAUCCCUCUCUUUUUCUACACACAACAUAACUCCGUUUUGGAUGUAACUAUAGUCAAACAGAAAAGAGGAAACAUGAAGAAUUUCCUCGAACUGUCAGAUGUGAAUAUCAAACUUUCCCCCUUGAGUAUAAAUGUGGACUCUUAUUUUAUCAUCGAAAUUUUGAAGAUUUUUGACGAACUGUUAAAAAUUCUUGAAUUCGAUUUGACCAAUUAUAAUUCGCUCAACUUGGAGAAGAACAUCGAAUUGAGGGACACCGACUAUGACAGCUUGGAGUACAAGCAAAAUAUGGGCCCAGUGGAAGAACUUAUCAAGCACUACAUUCUAAAGGACUACCACUUAUAUGAACAGAUAGCCAACUUCAAAUUUAAUGCCAUGCGGAAUGAGCAGGAGGAGGAGGAGAGGAAGAAGAAGAAAAGGAAGAAGAAGGGGGAGGGCAGCCACGGAGAAACGGCAAGCAGCAACAUUUUCCACUCCAACACGUUUUGCAACAAAUCGGACAACGAGGUGCCCGACGUGAGGGCCUACAUUAGUAUGAUAAAUGAGUACAAAAAUUGGGGGCGCCGCGGAGACCAGGCAGCGAGGGGCAGUGACCAGGAUGAGCAGGAUGGGCAGGCUGAGCGGAGCGACCCCUUGGGAGGACUAAACAAGCAGAGGCUCAUCCCCGCAGGUAGCCUCGCAGGUAACCUCGCAGGUAACUCCGCAGGUAACUCCGCAGGUAACUACCCAGGUGGAGGGAAAGACCCCAUGCCGAAGCAUGCAAGUGGCGUACCAUGCCCAGAUUGGUACACCCACGGGGAAGAACAAGUAAUAACACAGGUUUCCACCUUAAAUAACAAAAAACGAAACAACAUAAGGAGAAACUACAACUCGGACAUGUUUAACGAAAAAAGGCUCAAGUAUUUGCAAACGUGCGAAAAGUAUUACAAAAAUUUGCUAAACAAUCGAAAACGUAUCUUGAAAAAGAUCCAAAAUAUUAACCUGAAAAAUAACUUAAUCAGUUUCGACAAAAUAUUUAUCUCCAAAUUAGAAAUCAAUGAGAUUAAGUUAAUCAUUAACAUAAAGAAUAGAAGCCUAAGCUACGAUAAGAAAAGUGAAAUAAUGGAGUCCAACGUGAUGAAUGCUUUGGUUGUCCUUAUAAUGAACAUUCCCAAUAUAAGUGACGCACAUUUACACUUCGAAAAAGAGGUUAAAAAAAAUAUGUGCGGUUCGUUAUACGUAUUAAUAUUUAACGAAAUAAUGAAUGACUAUAUAAACCCUGGCAUGAACCAAAUGUUCAACGUUCUCGGGGCUGUAGAUUUUAUUGGAAAUCCUUUAAUAAUUUAUAAGCAUUGGAAAAAGGGUUACAACACCUUCAUUAAGGAUCUAAAGAAAAGUUUAGAUUCGUGUUCUUUUCCUUUUUAUUUUGUAUUUUACUUCUGA